GGCAACCCGCAUAACCCCAAGGAGCGAAAGCGUGCAACCCAACAAACGAUCAAUGACAAAAGGGGAAAGUUCUCCAACUAAUGUCGACGAUAUUAUCCAGCACUACUACACCUUCAUUAGUACAAGCACCACUGCGCAGAAGGAAAUAGAGGCGUACUUUCUACGGCAGGAGGUGGACAUCCGCAAGCGCGUCGGCCUGCUGGACGAUCUUCAGCGCGCCAUAAGCGACGAACGGCGUUGUUUGGAGGUGCGGCACCAAGAGUGUCGGGCGCGGAUUAGCGCAGCCCGGCACCAAAAUAUUUUACUGCAGUCCGAAAAACGAAAGGUCCACGACGCGGUUGAUUCUUCUCAAAAUGUCAUUGAAAAGGAAGAGGAGACAACCGAGGCUGAAUUAAGAGCGUUGGAUGAGAGUAUAGCUAUGGAGGACAAGCUUAUGAGGGAAGCUCUUGACACUCGUGAUGCGCUCGAAGCGGAGGCAAAAUCGAUGCGAGCCAAAGAGGCCCGCUGCGAACACGAGGAAUUUGACAUGGAUAAGGCACUCAUAGAGCUUCGUAGUUUUGUGACUGAGAUCGAGCAGCGGAAGAAGUCCCUUUCGAAAAAAAAUGGCACCAUUGUGGAGUGGAACCAGACGCUGGAGGCGCGCGAAAGGGAGCUAGUUCGAUGCCAGGAUGAGUUGCAAGAUGCGUUGCGCGUCUUGAAGUGCAAUGAGCUUCAGCUGGGAAUGAAUCGAAUGGGAAACAAUACGGUUGUCCCGAACAUAUCGCAGAGGGAAGUCAUGGAUGAUUACGACAUGUGCAUUGUGCAUGAGGGCACUCGUGAAGAAAUUGACUUUGAGGAUGAAGACGGUGGUGUAUAGCCUGUAGCGUGGUGUGGGUAUGUAUAGUAACCUUUUAGAACGUAUCCAUAGGCAUGUUUCAAAAGGAUUGGGAUGGGGAGGAUAUUAAUAAGGGGUAAGUACAUCUAGACAAAAGGGAUUAACAUAGAGGUACAGAUUGUUUCUAGAGCGUCUACUUUUAGGUUCGUUCCCUUUCAAAUGCAAAAGUGCCGGGGUUAUCUGUUUUUUUCUUUCGGUGUGUUGGAAAUUAGAUUUCGUAUAUUGCGGGUUCACCCUCUCCCUCUCCCCCCACCCCCACCCCCUACUUACCAUUUGGUUCUCUAUUGAUGAUAAAAUAUGACGAACAACGUAAUAGUAAUUCUUGAAGGCUUUGACCAGCCGAAGCGA